CAUAGUUCAGUUGAGAUCACUCGCCUGCCCUCUCCAACCUCUGCCAUGUCCAGUGGCGGAGCGCCUCCGGCCCGGGCCGGAUUGGGGGGGUUUGCGGACCGCGAUCAUCCUCACCGAGCCUCAUCUAAAGAGGUUUUCUAUGUUGCCCGUCCCCCGUUGGCCCGCUCUAGUCCAGCAUACUGUACUAGCAGUUCUGAUAUUACUGAUCCAGACCCAAAGGACUCAAGAAUGAACAGCGUCUCUAACCUGCAGUCUAUGGGGGACAUGCUCAACUCUUCCCAGGCCUCGAUUGCCGGCCUCGGCAGCUACGGUGGGCUCGCGGGCUUGGGAGGAGGCCUCGGAGGCCAGCUACGUGCUGGAGGGCGUAUGUCGGCCGGAUCCGGGGGCUCCAGCAUGUCCGGGGGUCUGAGGUUGAGCCAGAUGGGAACCACCACCGACUCGCUGUCCCAGCAGCAACAAGCCGCCGCUCUCCGCUACCCCCUCUCCUUCCAGAACCCUCUGUUCCACCUGGCUGCUGACGGGCCUCAGCUUCACCACCAGCACAGUCGAGCUCAACCUCCUCCUCCUCUCCUGCUGGCCCCGGAGCCGGACGCUUCUCACCCCUCUUACAUCCCGCAGUUCGCCCACGGCGGUUUCUCCCGAAGCGAGGACCUCUCCACCCUCAGACCCGGCCCUCAUCUGGGUCAGCCGAGUAUUAUUCACUCCCACAGCUACAGCGACGACUACAGCCGCCAUAACCAGAGCGAAUACGGGCGACGCCAGAUCCCCAUGCACAUGCAGGAGCAGCAGCAGAUGGCAGGCAUGGCAUCGCAGACGGGCACAUCUCAUUCAUCUCUCGCCACGCCACCUUCCACCGUUCAGCCUGCCCGCCAGAGCUCCAUGGCUCCUCCCACGCAGCGCAUGAAAUCGCAACCCUCACAUCAGCUUUCCGUGAGUUCUGCCGCCGCUGCCGCUCCUGCUGGCAAAACCAGGCCACAGAGCGGAAACCUGCUCCAGUCCCCGGAGUCUGGCUUUGGGGGCCGACAACAGGGCCCUCGGCAGCAGCUGUCGGUCAAAGACAGCACCCCGCCUGGCCUGCCUCAUCAGCAGAGCUCCACCAGAGAGAGCCAAGGGUCCCAGGGCUCUCAGGGAGGAACGCCACAGUCCACACAGCAAUCCAAAUCACAUCAGGAACGACAGCAGAUCCAGCAACAGCAUCUGCUCAAGCCUACCAUGAGCAAACAGGGCUCUUCCCAAUCUCCAACCACCCUCAACCCCUCGAUCCCUGCCUCGGAGCGAACGGUCGCAUGGGUGUCCAACAUGCCCCAUCUUUCUGCUGACAUAGAGAGUUCCCGCAUUGACCGAGAGGAAUACAAACUCAAGGAGUAUUCAAAGAGCAUGGACGAGUCGCGUCUGGACCGGGUGCGUGAAUACGAGGAGGAGAUCAACUCUCUGAAGGAGCGUCUGAUGAUGUCACACCGCAAGCUGGAGGAGUACGAGAGGAGGCUGUUAACUCAGGAGCAGCAGACCAAUAAAAUCCUGCUGCAGUAUCAGAGCCGACUGGACGACAGCGAGAGGAGACUGAGACAGCAGCAGAUGGAGAAAGACAACCAAAUUAAAGGAAUUAUUGACAGACUCAUGGUUGUGGAAGACGAGCUGAGGGUAGGGGUGAUGCCUGAGCAGAAACCCAGGAUGUUCGCAGACCAGGGGAGGCGGCAGUCCAUCUUAGUUCAGCCCCGCCUUGCGCCCGUCCCGCUGCGAAUGAACAGGAAAAGCAGCUUUCCGCCUUGGAUUCAGCAGACCCCAGUGUGAGUUUUGGAGGAGAAUUGACCAGCACUCCUGGCGUUGUGGGAGUCUCCCAAUCGGACAAAUCCUGCACCCAAUCCUCCCUGAACGGAAUCUUGUCCUUCCCAUUAGCCUCCCCUCCUCAUUCCCGUCCAGCUGAACGGAGAGUUCUCCGGCAAACAAAAUCAGCAACGGCAUCGAGGGCAAGUUUGGAGGGGGAGCAGGUCAAUAACAACGCUGACCAAAACCAAGAUAAUUUAUUAGGAAUUCCGAUGAAAAAUUCACAUCUUUAUGGAUGAAGCUUCUGUGGAUGUUUUAUUUCGUGCAUUAGACUGAGGGCAAGUGGGAGGUGGAACCAUUACUUGCACCAUCCAAAACAAAAGGGCUCUCCAUCAGAUCAGAUAUGUUAUUCCAAAAUCACAUUUUCUUUGGAUCGAAUUUAAAAGCCCCUUGCACAUACAGUACCUCUGCCACCACAAGUCAUCCAAAACACUGGAAAGUGCUUGGUUCAGGUUCCAGGUUUUUUUGACUGAGGUCCCUUAUAUUGUGUAAAAAAAAAAUCCCAAGAAGCUGGGAAUGACCCCAGGACCAGUGGGCAAACAAACUAUACAUAUGUUUCGAAGUGUAUAGAGAUAGAAAUGUGACUCACGAACACAUGCCAGCUUUGUCUUGAGGAUUUUGUUAUGUCGUCUGGCUUUCCUAGUGCCUUUCUGUAUCUCCUGACAGGGUUUUCAAACGAACACAAGAAUAACGACAGCAGAAUUACAGAAAUGGUUGUGCAAACGCAGCACUCUUCUCAAGAUUGCUCACUUAGAAGAGAUUGAUGUGUUCUUCUGCCUCAAUGUAAUGCUGGAAAUGUCCAGCUCUGGAAUAUGACCAUGAUUCAGUGUUUUUUUUUUUUUUUUUUGUGGACAAUGUCUUGUGGUGUUCGAAUUGCCUCACUAGACUGAACUUGUGCAAUGUUUUCUCUUCUCAAUCUCAGAACCUAUGUGUAUUUAACUGGUGCUAUGGAUUCUCAAAGCAUUGCUCUCUGUCACAUCACAGCCUCCCAUUCUGUUCAUAUGUGUCUUCGUCCUCCCAUUAACUCCAUAACGGGCCGAUUUUGACUUUCGUUCAGUGUGUGUCUGCAACAGGAGAUGAGCGCGAGGUGAUCUCUGUCAGGGCACAAACCUUUUGUCUUUUUACGAAAACAAGAUGCUUAGGCCAGAAUGCAGUUGUGGUGAUAAGGUUUUUUUUAUAUAUACAGAAAUUUUCUGUGUUUUUGUCUUAAGAGACAGUUUCAAAGUCAACAUGAAAGUUAACAUGAAAGCAAUAAAUUUUCCCUCCAUAAUGUGACAUUUUGGAGUAAAAUGGGAAAAAUUACUUUAUUUGAACUAUUAGGAAUUCAUUGGAUUGUCAAAAAAUUGGUGUUACAUACUGGAAUGGAGUCUGGUGGCUAAAAACAAAACUGAUUCAUGAAAGUUGUUUCAAAUGUUUUUUUGUUAAAAGAUUAUGAAAACAACCCUGUUUUUAUAUAGAAUAGCAUGCACCAAAUAAUCAUCAAUAAGACGACUAAGAAUGUACAUUGAAAAGUAGACAAUGACUCGCACCAAAUAAUCAGUACAUUUACAUUAAUGCAUUUGGCAGAAGCAAUGCAACUUUUAUUGCAUUCAAGGUUUACAUUUUAUCAAUUCUCUGCGAGGGAGUCGAACCCAUGACCUACUGUUAGAGCUAUGCGACAGAAUUGCGAAUAACAAGUUAACCAUGGGUCCAUUUUGUUUUCAUGUUGACUUUAAAGUUGCUCAAGCAACUCUAAAGAAGUUUUUGGUAGUGUUGAAUGGUCAUUUUAGGAAAUAUCUUGUUAGAAAAUAACUUGCUAUAAUUCCCCAUUUGAGUAUCGCUGCCAUCUGGUACUGAUUGUAUUCCCCAUCGCUCACUACAAGUUGUUUUAUUGUUUGUUUUACAAUUAAUCUAUUCAUUGUCAUGUUUCUACAGACUUGAGACAUUCCCAUGGCUUUGCUGAUACAAGUCAUUCAUUUGUAACCCAGUUCAUUGUUGAUUGCCUUAUUGUUGCAUUGUAAACCGAUAAAAGUUGUAACAGCUACACCAAUACAGCAGGCCUAGAUUAAGUUGUUACUGCACAAUAAAAACACUGAGCUGUACUGUAAUAUUUAUAUAGAUUGGGAAGGCACUAGAGAGAAGAAUGGACUGAUUGCCAUUUUAGCUUUUAAGAGCUUCGAGGGCUAUCUUUAAGUGACUUCUACUCCAUUUAGUAAUAAUAAACAGGCGAUUUCGUCAAUGUCCCAAAAGCAGUUGAGGAAAAAGUGGGAUAGCAGGGUUAUCAGCUGAAAAAAAUGUGCCAUGACAUGAAUAUACCUCAGACGUAAAAUCGAAUGACUCAGGUAAACUUUCAAUUGCCUCACAGUUUAACGCAAACUGGACAGAAAAAAAACGCAUUUUGAGUUGAUCUGCCUAUUUUGGUAGUUAGUCCAUUUCUUCUCUGAGAUUAGUAGCAGUGAUUGGUCAGCGGCUCAUCAAGCACCUCCUCUUUUCCCUGCAUCUCCAGCCAAUCACAAAGCUUCAUGGAGGACAAUCUGGAACCUAAUUGGAGGCCUCACCUCGGACAUUCGUCAGGUUGGCCAGGGUUUAAUUCCAGGGCGCUGUCACGCGAUUCGGUUGGUUGACAGAGGGGAAACUGAGGCUUUGACUCUGCGCCAGAGCCGAUCCAAAGAAGAAAUGUAGGUUCCCUUCCUUUGACGUGCCCUCUCUCUGAUAUAAUUCGAUAUGAUGACCGUUUGGGAUGCUUAAUGUCUGUCAGAUGUCAGAGAGAUGACGUCGCAUGCAGCGUAGUGGUUCAUUGAGAGAGCUGGAGAGGUUCUGAGGAUCAGAUCAAUCUCAAAGGUGCUGUUUUUUUAGGUUCUUUACUAACUUCAUGUAGGAUAUUGAACAGUCCUCUACUUCUCAUUAUGAUCUUCAUAUGCCACAUUCGCUCUGCCUGUCAUGCCUGCCUGCGUCUUAGUCAUGUCUUUUAUUUUGGGGAAACUGGAUAUGCACAACCUUUUUUUUUUUUACCCUGAAGAGACGCUGAUUUGUCCUUCAGCAGAUUUGAUAAGAGGCUGGAAAUAUCCAAACUUCUGUUUCCUGGUGGUUUUCUAUUUCUUGACUGGACCUCACCCAGAUGAGAUCACGUAUUUACAUGCUGGUAAUGUGAGACAAGACCUUUUGAUCCGUAAAUUUACGUGACAAUCUCUUUGCAAUGAAAAAUCGACAACCUGUUAUUUUACCUGCUCCCUCUCCACGCACUUUGCUACGUCCUGGAUCCUCGCAGACUCUUUGUAUGUGAAAGAAAGAUGGAUUCUUUUACUUUUUAAUUCUCUUUCCUUUUGCUGUGGAGUUCUUGAUUUUGUGGAAAAUACCGUUUGGAAGUGGGAUCCUCUCGUUUGGAAUUUGGCAGUCGCACGUUUGUAGGAUUGUGGGUAGUUUUGCGAAGCCAAGUUACUGUUCUUAAAUUGAACUUUAUUUCCUUGUUUGGAUGGCAUUUCCAGGCAACACAGACAUUUCUCUGCUUCCUUUUUACACCACUAGACAAAAAUAUAAAUGUUGAGAGAUCAUGGAGGUCGAAAAAUAAUGUUGUGGGUGACUGUGUGUAUAUACAGUGUGUGUACAGUAUUUGUGUAUAUACUGGAUGUAUGGAUGGUUAUAUAAUAUUAAGUAUAUAUAUAUAUAUAUACAUAUACAUGUAUUUUGUACAUAAAAUAUGUUUGUAUAUGCAGUGUACAGAAUGUGUUCUUUUACACUGACUUCCCUUUUUCUCAAUGUGGAAAAAGAAAAAGCAGAACAGAACUUUGUGGGAAUUAAAACUCACAUCGGCGACUCGUCGGCGGAGUUAUUCAAAGCACUUUUCGCUCAGGCUGAUUGUACGCAGUCUGAAACCCACAAUGCAUCGCCAUGAGUCCAACACAUGCUUUGCCGGUAUAAAGCUUGCACUCUUUUUCUCACUGAUUGAGGUUUUUUGUAACAGGUACUGGGUGACCAAGCAAUGCUUGUACAUAAAUAUAUAGGCUUAAUAACUACUGUAUGUUUGCAAAUAUCAACUUUCCCAGAAAGGAGUCACCUGCUAGUCUUUGCAGCUUUUGCAUCGCCAUUUGCUUUCAAUUUCAAUGCGGUGCGUGCCGUGCGUCAGAUGAGUUUUUUUGGGAUCGCUGUAGAAGGUCGAUCUCAUGAUAAGACGUCCCCAUUUUACUCUGCUGAUCUUUUGUAUGGCCUGAUGCUUUAUUCCCUCAUUACUUGCCUAGCAACUCUUCCAUGCAAGUAAUCGCUUCUUUGUCUCCUGUAAAUGAAUGGAGUUCCCAUGAUGUGCCUCUUUCUGAUAAACUUCAGUUGGUCUCUGUCAGCCAUAAGCCAAUCACAGUCAUCUUUCUUGACAAGCCAUAAGCCUCGCCCCUAAAUUUCCAUUUUUGAAAAGGGCAGACACUUGGGAAUUUUAUUUCUUUUUGUAUAUAUUAAUAGAAAGAGUGGUAUGUUAGAGUGUAUUGACGAUGUUUUUGGAUUUGUUAUGAAUGUUGAUAUUCUGGUUAUUGAAUUCUGGUUAUUAUUGUAAUAAUAUAAUGACUGCUGUUAUCAUUUCAUCAUUCUUUAGUUUAUUCAAUACUGUUAAAGACUUUCGUUUCUUUUUGAAUAAAUCUGAAUUUAUAUUUUUCGGGUGGGCUAAUUAUAGAAAUGAAAUCAAUUAAACAGAUGAAUAAAUAAAUUAAUUCUUAUUGAAUUCA